GCUCGUCAGAGCUUCCCCCAGUUCUUGUCGGAGCCUGCUCCGGGCCCCGAUGCGACUACGGCCUUUACAACUGGAGCAACUAUCAAUCACCUCGAUCGAUGUUCCAUUGCUGAUUGUCGCAACGCAAUUACAUCUGACGAUACGGCAACGGCCUCCGUUUAUUCCUCUAUACUUGGAGCACCUGGGACUCACCAGUCUCUAACAUAGAAGUUACUUUAACAUAGCUAACUACCUCUCAACCUUUGCUUGCUACUGUCUCGCUGGAAGCAAGCUGUGAUCUUGACACCCAAUACCAACCAUUCACGACCUCCGAAGACAUCCUCAACGUCCUGUGGCCUACAGACAUAUCCAGAAACUGCAUUGGCUGAGCGAAUCUGUACUCAGGUCACUCACAUCACGACUGUCAACAUGGCCGCCGAUUCCUCCCUUGUUGACCUCCAUGAUGCGUCCAUAUCAGAUGACAAGGACGAUCUGGACUCUCUCCCAUCCAUAUCUACCGAUGACAUUUACUCCGAUAUCUCCGACACUGAUGCUCAAGCGGAGUGGGAGCGCAGCCUCGAGCAGCUACAAUUGAUACUGACAAUGAUGAUUGUCCCCUGGAUGGGUAAAUACUUUGGUCGCAAAUUUGCCUACUGGAGUUGGUCACGAUACAUGGAGUGGGCGCAUAACGUCGACAUUCGAUUGACAAAUAAGGCGACCUUCAAGGCGGCGGGUGUUGUGGAAACAGCGGCAACGUUAUAGACAUACUUCAAACCGGACGAUCCGAUCUCGAUAUGAAUGGAUGACCUGAGUAAUAUGCAUGGCUUUCAUACGGUGUUGGGGUAUAAAUAUGCAUAUGUUUUCUUUCUUUUAAUAAUAUAUGAUUCCAAAUACCCUUGUUUUGUUCCUCUCGUCAACCAACAGACACUCUAGUACUAACAACCGGAUAUCCAGUGAAAUCUUGAAAACCAAAACCGUCCUUAUAUUAAAGUUUCAUUCACUGCAUGAUCAUUACCCUUCAUCCAACACCUGUUCUGAAUGA